AUGGAUAUCACCAACGUCCGGUCCAUGGAGCUCUUACGUAUCCUGGGUCUGGCGGAUGGUCUGCGGGAGCAAGGUGUGCCCCAAAACUUCUCCUUCGACGUCCUCUUUAGCACAGGACUCGGCGAGAAAGGAGAAAAGAUCGCCACUUGGGACCUUCCUUCUCCUGACAUUUGGCGCGAGCGAAUCAAACGCCAAAAUGAUGGAUCGAUGCCUCGAGAACCAUAUCAGCGCUGCUCGCAGGUCGUGUUCGAAGCCUGGCUCAAACCUAUCUGCGAGAAGAAUCCCCUCAUCCAGACCCUCUUCGGCUAUAAGUUCGAAGAACUCAUCGAACAGGCAGACUCCGUCACCUGCGUGGUCACUGAUUUGGAGCGAGAUCAGAAGCUCACCUUCGAAACCGAAUACGUGAUCGCGUGUGAUGGUGCCGGAAGUCGAGUGAGGCGGUCAGCAGGCUUGAAGAUUACUGGCGGUCCUGUACCAAUGGCCAUGUAUUUGGUGCAUUUCAAAUCCCGAGAUCUGGACAGACUACAGUCGCAGGGUCAGUUCUGGCACAUUUUCUUUACUGGUGGCGGCGCCAUCAUCUCUCAGGACGAGGAUGAGAUUUGGACCGUUCACCUGCCCAUCUCGCUGGACGAGGAUGUCGACAAAAUUGACCCGUACGAGGUGGUUUACAAACUGUUGGGGUCGAAUGCAGGACGAUUCCCCAUUCAGAUAGAUGAGAUCCUCGUCAAAAGCGUAUGGAGACCAAAUCUGGUCGUGGCAGAUCAAUAUAGAUCGGCCAAAGGCCGUGUCUUUCUCGCCGGCGAUUCAGCGCACCAGAACAUUCCCACCGGUGGAUACGGCAUGAACAUGGGAGUUGGUGAUGCAUUCGACAUUGGGUGGAAACUUGCUGCCGUAUUGAAGGGCUACGGCGGGCCCUACCUUCUCGACUCGUACGGGGUGGAAAGGCGACCUGUAGCACUGCGCAACGUCGAGCGGUCCGGGCAACAUCAAGCGGUCCACUGGGAAUACUGCAACUGGGUCAGCAAGGCAGGCACAGAUGUGGUCCUCUCCAACACCGCCGAAGGGCGAGCCCUGAAGGAAAAAAUCAAGCAAUACGUGCUCGAACGCGAUGGUGAGAACAAAGACCAUGGAAUUGAGCUGGGCUACAGACACCGUGGCUCGCCAGUCAUUCUCACCAACCCAGCCGAGUCCGAACCUCGAUGGUCUGUUCGAGACUAUAUUCCCUCCACGUGGCCCGGAAGUCGCGCUCCUCACGUCUUUCUAGAAGACGGCGAGACGAGCAUCUUUGAUCUGUUCGGAGAUGAAUUCUCCAUUGUGGACUUUACCUCGACUGGAUCUCUUUCCAGGCAAUUCGGAGCCAUGGCGAAGAAGCUCAACGUCCCCCUGAGAGUGAUCCAUCUACCGCAAGAGUCGCAUGUUGCUAAAGUGUGGGAACGACAUGCGGUCUUGGUCCGACCUGACGGAUUCGUUGCUUGGAGGUGUGGAGAUGGUUUCAAUGGUGACAGUGACAGCCUGGAAGAUGCGGACGUUUGCCACAUACUGCUGGUCGCAGUAGGUCAACGGCCGGCGUCACAGCAGGCAACCUCGGGAACCCAAGACUCUCAGAAGUAUGGGUAUGAGAAACUGGGCUCGGUGCCGUUCACAACGACCGUUGGCAAUGUUGAGCAAGAUGCUGGGAAGGUUGAGAAGCUGGCAGCAUUUCAACAAUGA